AUGAGCUGGCUCACCAACUGCACGGGCUAUAUUGCCCCGUUCUUCAUCAUCAUGUCGCCCAUCAUCUCGUACGGCGACCAGGCGCUGUCGAUGCACCGCACCAAGUCGAGCGCCGGCUUUUCUCUCGACAUCCCUCUAAUCAUGCUCAUCGCCUCCUUCUUCAGAAUCUUUUACUGGCCCGGCGCCCGGUUCGAUACGAGCUUGCUAGUGCAGUCACUCAUCAUGGUGGCGAUGCAACUCGUUCUGCUCAAGAUAGCACUCGAUCACAGACCCGCGCCGUCAACUAAGGGAGGCGAGGGCAGCCUGCCGUUCUCCGGGGUGCAGCAGGAUGGCUUCUUCGCCGGCCAGCGGCCAUACAGCUUCUGGCAGUGGCGGUCGCACAAGCCGUACUGGCAGUUCCUCGUCUAUCUACUCGCCGGUCUUGUCGUAUGCGAACUGGUCCUCGCACCCUUGCCCCCGUUGUACUCGACGUACUCGGUGCUGAUCGGAUAUAUCGGCCUCUCGGUCGAGGCGACGCUGCCGAUCCCGCAGCUGCUCGCCAACUCGCAGUCCAAGUCGUGCAAGGGCUUUCGGCUGUCGCUGCUGAUCGCGUGGAUCGGUGGCGACGCCAUGAAGGUCUUUUGGUUCUUCACGGCGACGACGGAGAUCCCGGUGGCCUUUAAAGUGUGCGGACUGUUCCAGGCGGCGUGCGACUGCCUGCUGGGUGUACAAUACUUGAUGUACGGAGACGGCGAGGAGGAGAUGAUCAAGGAGCACCCGAUGGAAGAGGGCCAGUGGUCGAGCGCAUACAAGCCGGGCCACAACCGGCCGCACAGCCGGAGCCUGUCGCCGUCGCGGCGGCCAGGUCUGUUCAGCGACUCCGAGGUGGACUAG